AUGAAUGAGCCUUUCAAUAAAAACAAGAAUAAAGCAUCUUUCAGGUCUCAGUUGGGUUGUACGAACUGCCGACAAAACAAAGUCAAGUGCGACGAGAAAAAGCCGAUCUGCACCCGAUGCUGGGAAAAGGACCUACAAUGCCGGACAAUAUUCCGACUGAAAUGGGAAUCAACUUAUCGAGAUCAGGGUAUCGCCUUUGGCAGGUCUAAGCUGAACCGGAAGGGCCCAACCGGUGCUCCAGGACUAAGUUCAACUUUUCCCGAAGACACUACAUGGCUUGCUACUCCAGCUGUUCAGCCUUGGACUUUUGUGAAUACAGAUUUCUCGUCGCUACGACGACUUUAUGCUGAUGAACAAGAAUGCGCCGAACCACAUCUGCUCCCGGCAGUCGAUGCCAGAACAGUCCUUGGAGAGUUGGGGCCUCGUGAGCCAGUAUCGUCAUCAUCAAAAUCGCCACCCCAUUAUGAUUUGUCCACAAAUAUACGAGAAGCGAUGUUACAGAAUCUACAAUCACCUCUUUCAUUAUUUCCAUCUUUAGAUGACCUGGGAAAUCAAGUACUGUUCGACUAUUAUGUCAACCAAAUAUGCCCCCGAACAGUGCAAAGUCCUCUGUCCAUGUCACCCUUUGCAUCUGUCAUCCUUCCUUAUUGUGUAUCCGCUCCGCCCGCAGUCCUGCAGGCCAUACAGGCGCUGGCCGCCUGUCAUUGGUCCCAAAGCGAUCAAAGGUAUAGCGAACCUUCUCUGCGACUUAAAGCUCGGGUCUUGAACCAUCUUCGACAUCGCCUCAAGACGCAUCCCAAGGAUAUAGUCACAGAAGACCCCGAAAUCCUGGUCAUCAUGAUGUUCUUAUGUUUAUAUGACAUUGUUGAUGACUGCAACCACCAAUGGAUUAUACAUCUCCAGGGAGCAAAAGAUAUUAUUCGACUACGCCGGCGACAGCAAAUUGCGUUGAAAGGGGCCAAUCAAGAUGUACAGCAAGACGCAGUAUCAUCUUUCACUGAGCUUUUCUUUGCUUUUCAAGACGUGAUGGGGCGAACUGCCUGUGGAAAGGCGGAGCUUUUCGGAUCGACCUAUUGGCGUGACGAAGACACAGCCAUAAAUCCUUGGAUGGGUUGCAGUCCUGCUCUUGUUUCCAUCUUGUUCUCUAUUAUGGAUCUGAGUCGGUCUAGACGAGAUAUUAUCGCUGAUGAAGGUCACGAAACGUUCAACGUCAGAGCUGCCUCUCUGAUCAACAGACUGAAGGGUAUCAAGCAGGAGUCGCAAAUCGACGGGGACAACCACAUCAUUCAGAGAAUUGCCGAGUUGAAAAGAGUGACUUCCAUAGUCUAUUUGAAUUGUGCAUUGUAUGGUUUGACACCAUCCGACUCGAUAACCAAAACCUACGUCCGCAGAAUAUUGAAAGAUAUUGUUGAGCUACUCGCAUUAGAGCCAUCCUGUCAGGUCGUCUGGCCUCUUUUCGUCGCUGCUGUGGAACUUGACCCUCUCGACUUUGCAAUUAUGUUGGAUCCGGAUACUGGGAAGAUGACGGACGGGCGAAGGCUUGUCUUGGAGUUACUCAUGAAGAUGAGUAAAAGCAGUGUUUCUAGUGUAACUCGGGCGCGUGUUGUUAUCGAGCAGGUAUGGAAAUCUCGCGACUUUUGUUUGUCCAAGUCUUCGCGGGAAAGGUCACCAGCGUCUAUCACGGAUCUGAAUGACUGGGAAGAAUAUGUCAUGCCUGUUAGUGAUGCUUUGAGUUUAGCGUAA